CCCUCAUCUGCAUCUCCCGGGUCGCAGAAAACAUCUGGAGGACAGUUUUCAUCGUGUGCAAAGAGCCCCACAGAUACGGGAAAUACGUUUGCCCUGGAGCCAGGGGAUUUGCUGAUGGACUUUACAGAAGCCACGCCGAUGGCAGAGUUUCUGGACAGUAAACUACAAUGCUGUGUGGUACAGUCAUCUCCAAAGAUGUUAUCACCAGCACCUGCACCAAGGUCUCUGGUAGAGACCAUUCCGACUCCAACUGUGCAGACCAUCUAUUCGUCACACAAACCUAUUUCGCUUGCAGACAGCGCUGAGACUCUGAGGCGUGAACUUGAGCGAGAAAAGUUGAUGAAAAGACUGUUGAUGACAGAAUUAUGAGAAUUCUCACUUCCCGUCUCAUGCGGAGAAUGGAUCAGGGCCUUUCCGGUGCCUUCUGUCUGUUUACAUUCCUUUGUUUCUGUGUACACAAGAUAAUUUACCUUAACAAUGUGAUAUGUUCCAAACUUUCUGGAGUCAUCACAGAUGGAUAACAUUAAAUUGGGGAUUUAC